UCACAUCCUUCUUCUCGUCUCUCUCUCUCUGCUUCGCAACCAAAAAAGAAGUGCUUCUUCGCUUCCUCGAUCUCAUCUCGUCUCGCCUCUCUUCUCCAAAAUUAAUUUUACUGUGGAAUCGUUUGUGAAUGGUGGAAACGAAUCCGAUUGGUGGUAAGUUUAUGCUCUCCCUUCCAAUCCAAAGGGCGAGCUUCUUCCUCCCUCUCUCGGCUUCCUCUGCUUUCGCUUUUGGAUCCUGCAAAGAAGGCUGGUACUUUCGCUGCCUCGGCCUCGACCCGUGAAUCGAUCGAUCGUCCGAUUUGUUACAUUGAUUGAUUGAUUCGUUGUGAUCUGCCGAUUUUGUUUUUUGUGUCUCUCUGUAAUUGAAAAUUUUCUCGAAGAUGUUGCUUUACAACAAGCAGAAGAAGAACCAGAACGCUAAAGGAAACAGGAUCCUAAUCAGCGUUACGGUUCUGGGUAGCGCCGGUCCGAUCCGGUUCGUUGCGUAUGAGGAAGAUCUCGUCGCUUCGGUUAUCGACACUGCUCUUAAAUGCUACGCUCGUGAAGGUCGUCUUCCACUUCUCGGAUCCGAUUUCAAUGACUUUCUUCUCUAUUGUCCCAUGGUUGGACCUGAAGCUUUAAGCACAUGGAACGCAAUUGGAUCGCUUGGUGCACGGAACUUUAUGCUGUGUAGGAAACCGGAGGAGAAGAAGAAGGAAGCUACUAAUGGAAGAUCUAGCUCAACCAUUAAUGGAGGAGCAAGAAAAGGAGGAAGCUUGAAGGCUUGGAUCAACAAGUCCUUCAGCCUCAAAGUACCCAGCCAUUAAACAUUAUUUUCUUUCUUUCUCUCUUUGCAAACAAAACAAAGACCAAACAUUGGUUAUGAUUAUGUUUUCUUUAAUUUUGCUUUUGCUUAUAAGUUGAUUCCCAACUUUGUCUGUCAAAGCUUCAACAUUGAAGCCUUUUCUUUUACAUCUCUCAUUCUCCGGAAAUAAAAAGUUUCAAAUUUUCUCCCUU